AUGAUGACUGCAACUCUUGCAACUCUUCCCUCGUCGACAAACUCACAGCAGGCUGCCAUUUCCCGCACUCCCAGUCUCGUCUCGGGCCUAGACGCCUUUGGUCUUUCCAACCAGGCGUCCUCGCUCGCCCGCUCUGGUGAUCUCGUCGGGGCAGAGCGUCUACACCUCCAAGCACUCGACGUCAAGACAAAGGGCUUUGGUUUCCAGUCCCCCCAGGUCGCUGCAACCCUCCACGCCCUCGCAGAAGUCCAAAUCCGUCUGGGCAAGUACGCCGACGCAGAGCAAAAUCUACGAUCAGCCGUAUCGAUACGCGCCGCCUCGACAAAACCACACGACCUCAUCGAAGCCGCCAAAUCGCGCGAGCUGCUCGCCCAGCUGCUCGAACGGGCUGGCAAUCUCGCUGCUGCAAAGAGCGUCAGACUGGCCGGUCAGCCAGAUUGGAUCGCGUGCGGCAAUUCCAAGGUGAUUUACUUUCUCCGUCCCUUUGCUCCGAGCGCGUAA